AAUACACCCCAGGUGCCUGCGGUUUGGUUUACCUGUGUGAGGUGCGCUUGGAGCUCCAAUAUUGAACAUUUGACACCAGAGAGGACUGCAACAGUAUUCCUGUGGGUGAUUGAAAAGGGGACAUCGACAAUGAUACUAUUUUUCAUACUUGCAGUGUUCUCAUCUGCCAGGGGCCUUCAGGUGACCAUUCAACAACCUACAUAUGAGGUUGCGCGAGGCGAUGAUGUCACCCUGGUGUGUAGUUUCAUACCUGCCAUGCCAGUCAAUCCGUUGACGCUGGUCAUCAUCUCAUGGUCCAUGGAAGCUGAUAGCCCUGAGGAUCCAAAGAUUAUUAUCGCCUCGUUCUACUCUACCAACAAUCAACUGGACAUCAAACCUUCCUAUAAGGGCCGAGCAGAGAUGACCCAUGACGUCCCUGGAGGGCGGAGCACCCUGACCCUCCGCCAGGUGUCCAUGCAGGAGAACAGGCUUUGGCAGUGCAGGUUGCAGAUCCCUGGAGACGAUGAGGGGAAGCCUUCCGCCACCACCGAACUGGUGGUCCUUGUGGCUCCCUCUGUGCCCAUCGUCAGGGUGCAGGGCGAAGCAGAGUACUGGAGCAACAUCAACCUGACAUGUGUGUCUGAGGAGGGCUCCCCCGCCCCCACCUAUGGCUGGAAGACAUACGAUGUCAGGAACACCCCCAGAGCAUUCCCAGCGAGGACCACUGAGAAAAAUGGUGUUCUAUCUCUAUUCAAUGUCUCCAUGGAGACUUCCGGUUUCUUCAUCUGCACCGCGACCAACCAGGUCCGCUCUGCCAGCUCAAACUUCACCCUCACUGUCAUGCCCCCCUCCAUGAAGUUAGGGUCCACAGCAGCCAUCAUUGGAGGGGUCCUAGCUGGGGUCCUGGUCCUGGGGAUUGUCAUCUACUGCUGCAGGAAGAAGAGGAACAAAGCUAAACAGAAGAAUGUUCAAGGAGCUCCAGAAGCGGUGCAGUUCCAUGACACGCCCACACUCAAAGUUGGUGCAGGUUACCGGGAGGACAUACCGGAAGACAGGACUGAGGAGAGCAUCAUGCAUCAAUAUGAGACGAAAGGGGAGAUGGAGCACGACGACCAAAGUGUUAGAACAGAUUACAGUGAUGGCCGUAAGGAGAAUUCUGAUGACAAUCGCAAAAACUACGUAGAUCAGCGCGAUCGCUAUGGUGGCAGCCGCGAUCGCCUCGACGACCAGCGUGUUAGAUAUGGUGGCAGCCGUGAUCGCCUUGAUGACCCACCCAUUCGCAAUGGUGGCAGUCGUGAUCGUCUUGACGACCCGCCUGUUGUUCGCUAUGGUGGCGGUCGUGAUCAUCUUGACGACAAGCCUGCUGUUCGCUAUGGUGGCAGCCGCGAUCGCCUUGACGACCCACCUGUUCUUCGCCAUGGUGGCAGCCGCGACCGCCUUGACGACCCGCCUGCUGUUCACUAUGGUGGCAGCCGCGAUCGCCUUGACGACCCGCCUGUUCUUCGCCAUGGUGGCAGCCGCGACCGCCUUGACGACCCGCCUGUUCUUCGCCAUGGUGGCAGCCGCGAUCGCCUUGACGACCUGCCUGUUCUUCGCUAUGGUGGUAGCCGCGAUCGCCUUGACGACCCGCCUGUUCUUCGCCAUGGUGGCAGCCGCGACCGCCUUGAUGACCCGCCUGUUGUUCGCCAUGGUGGCAGCCGUGACCGUCUUAACGACCCACCUGUUAUUCGCCAUGGUGGAAGCCGCGAUCACCUUGACAACCCGCCUGUUGUUCGCCAUGGUGGCAGCCGUGACCGCCUUGAUGACCAGCAUGAUCGGUACAAUGACCUGUACGAUGAAUCAUAAGAUGACCGUGACUGAGACCCAACCUGUCUUAGCUAACUUGUCCAAGGGUAUUACAGCCAUCCUCCCCAAUGCUAAUCUGCUGGUACAGGGAGCCUACUUCAGUUGUCCUAUGCUGGUGCUCUACCUACCCCAUAAUCUCCCCUUUGAUUCUAAUGCCUCACAAACAAUCAUUAAUGUUACGCUAUUUCUAGGCUGUUCUUAACUGCAUUUGGGCAAUUGCUCGAUCAAAAUAACACCAGAUCCUGGUGCACUUGACAACCGUAAUUUGGAAAAUACAACAUUAUUUUAUUUGAUAAACAAACUAGGCCUACUUCAAGUUACAUAUGAUGAGAUGAGGCCCAAUUUCAAACUGAACCAUGGCCCAAAGGGCACUUCUACACCUCUCUGUAAAGAGCUGAAAGGAUUGGAUCAGGCUCUGUGUCUAGGUGGUGGAGGCCUCUCUUCAACAGCUACUGUGUCUUAGCCUCCUACAUGAGGCUCAAAGAAAGCUAUUACCAUGCUAUUCAGAAGAACUAUCUAGUCCUUUCAGAUCUUUCGGGGAGGUUGAAGAAGUACCUUGUGGUUGGGGCCCGGGGUUGGUUUGAAACAACUGGACCUAAAUCAAGUUUUACCAUGAAGAGAAGUACCCUUGGGUUGUAUGACCCCAUGUGGUCAAUAACUGUUGAGUAUGUGUGUAAUCAUGGAAUGGUUUUGACCCUGUGCUACAUGUUUUCAUUAUUACUUUGUGGUGAAAGUAGGCUAGAUCAAUUAAUUUUUUAUAAAGCACAGAUUUUCUGUUUUAAUCAAUUAACUGUCUGAUUAAAUAGGGUGUAUGUCAAUGCAAUGAAAAGCAUUAUUUAAUUAAGGAUUUUUUAUUAAUUUAAAUGAAUCAUAUAUAUACAAAUAAAGGGAAGAAGUGGAGGAAAAACUGAA